UUCUUUAACAACGACCACGACCACCACGACAUUCUCACUACCACCUCGUUGAAUAACUUAUGGAAAGGCGGUCUUUCCUUAUUUUUCUUCUUACCAGACUGGCUCGCGCUCUUCCUUCGUUCAACGAUGCAGAAUUGCACAUGAAUGGACCUCCUACAGUAGAGCGAGGUUCACCGGAGUUUUGGUACAAAAUCAUUAUUAGCGCUAUCCUCGUCUUGCUAGGUGGCGUCUUUGCCGGUCUUACCCUUGGUCUCAUGGGCCUCGACGAACUGCAUCUACGCGUGUUGUCAGCUUCGUCGGAUGACCCUGUUGAGAAGAAGAAUGCGAAGAAAGUGUUGGCACUCAUGCAGAAGGGAAGACAUUGGGUAUUGGUCGUUCUUCUACUUGCUAACGUUAUCAUCAACGAGAGUCUUCCCAUUUUCCUUGACGGCGCGAUUGGAGGAGGGAUAGCUGCAGUUGCAAUUUCGACAGCUGCUAUCGUCAUCUUCGGAAUUAUUCCACAAUCACUGAGUGUAAGGUAUGGCCUCUCCAUCGGCGCCGCAUGCACGCCAUUCGUCCUAGCAUUGAUGUAUAUCUUCGCUCCAGUCGCUUAUCCUAUAGCCAAACUCCUGGACUACGUGCUCGGCGCCAACGAGUCUCACACCUACAGAAAAGCAGAGCUAAAAUCUUUCCUAGAGUUCCAUCGCACUGGAGAAGAGCCUCUUAGAGAUGAUGAAAUAUCGAUCCUGAGCGGCGUGCUGGAACUCAAUUCAAAAAACGUCGAAGAAAUAAUGACGAGAAUGGAGGAUGCCGUUACGCUCAGCAAGGACACAAUACUAGACCAUGGCACAGUCGACAAGAUUAUAAUGAGCGGAUACUCCCGCUUUCCGGUGCACCACCCAGACAACCCGCUGGCUUUUGUCGGGUUGUUGUUAGUCAAGAAGCUAAUAAACUACGACGCUUCUCAAGCCCUCCCGGUGUCAAGUUUUGUGCUAUCUGUCCUUCCUGAGGCUCAUCCUUCGAUCAACUGCUUCCAGGCUUUGGAUUAUUUCCAGACUGGGCGAGCCCAUCUCCUCCUCAUAUCCCGUACUCCGGGAGUAGCGGGUGGCGCGAUUGGGGUUGUUACCCUUGAAGAGGAAAUGAUUACCGAAGAGAUUGUCGACGAGACGGAUCGCUACGAGGAUAACGUUAGCAAACGGCGGGCUGAGCGUCUGACGAAUAGUGCUAUUAUGAAGGGGAUUGUCGAGCGCGAACGGAAUUCUUCGAUAUCCUCUCCUCCAAAUGAGAGUACGCCACUGUUGGGGAGGAAUCAAAAUUCUGCGUGAAUGGCCGCCAGGCGACUGUUCUAUUAUCGUUGUUUGUCGCUGUCGUGAAUCUAUCUGCUCCGAGUGUCUGGUGCCCUUGACCUUCGUUUCUUAGCACGCAAAGUUCUACCUCGUGUAGACGCGUCAGUAUUAUCACGCAUGAAUUAUUCAGCUUACAGCGUCCAACACGGUCUCUUAUCAAGGACACUCGGUGUCAAGGUUUUGUAUCGACGCGGGGAUGACCUUCAUCCUCGUUUCACGUUCUGCAGUCGUCGUUGCAUUGUGCGGUGCCCUGACAACUUUUUAGAGCGCACC